ACUCCAUACGAGUCGACGAAUUGAAACACGAGUCGACGAAUUGUUCAAGUCGACGAAUUGAAACACGAGUCGACGAUUUGUUAUUUAAUUUUGUCCCCUUCCUAACUCCAUACAUAACUUCCAUUUGAAUUGGAUGUGAACAUCUCAAAUUUCGCCCACGUUUGCACAGAACUGUCAAUUAAAUUAUUAAGGACCAACCAGUGACAGAAUUUGAAAAGGAGCAGCUAAUUUCCCUUAAAUGCAUUGAGGAUCCUGCACUAGAUUUGUGGUUUACUCUGAAAUUUACUUCGGGAAAGGCAUUGAAAGCAAGGAUCAACAAAGAAUUUGUGUACACCAGCAUGUGCACAAAUGAAGAUAUAAUAAAGUCAAUUGGCCAAGAAAUGUGAAUUGCCCUUGACGUAGCUCUUUCCACAAGUGGUUGUGAGGCUAUAGUAGAAGGAUUUUAUAGUCUUAUCAGUACUCACAAGAAAACUGGAGGCCAAUCUAAUGAGGUUUUGGUUCAUAGAUCUAUAUGCCUCUUUGAAUCACCCUGCCACGCCCACAAAUAUGGCGGAAUUUUGCCACGCCCAAAUAUGCCUGCUGUGCAAUAAUAUUAUUAAAAAAAAAUCUCCGGUGCGCAGAAGACAUACUUUCCAGCCUGGGCAACCAGUGAUUGUCAACGGGAUCAUUUAAACGAGGAGUUCAUUAAAUUCGGUGGCAUGAAGCUUUAUUUCACCUACUUAAAGCCAUGGAUAUUUUUUCUUGCUGCCUUCCGCUAUUUCAUGGAAGGCUCAGAAGAAUUCUUCAUUGCACCGUCAGCUUGGUUUUACAUUAAAUCCUUGGGAGAGGACAAGGUAUUUCUCGGUAUUGUCCUAUCUGCAUUUCCAGUUGCUGCUGUUAUCUCGCUUCCGAUCCUUGGGAAAAUCGCAGACAAAUACGGCAACCAUCGAACGAUUAUCAUCGCAUGUUUUGCUCUCAAGGUCGCAUCAAAUGUUUUGUACGCUGUUCCCAUUUCAGUCUAUUUCCCUUUGUUCGGGCGAUUAUUUAGCGGGAUCGCUGAAGGAUCUGCAGGAGUAUUAAAUGGAAAGGUGAUUGAAUAUACAAGUGAACUAUACAGAGCUAAGGUAUUCUUGAUCCUCGAUGGGCUAUAUACUGUCGGCUCGUUGUUUGGACCAGCGGUUAGUGUGUUUUUAAAUUUUAAUGCCAAUGUUUUAGGCUGGAAAAUUAAUGCUGGAAAUGCACCUGGUAUUGCAAAUGCUUUUCUUUUUUCCAUUUUCCUGUUAGCUUCUCUAUGUCUGCCGCUAGAGUUUGGCACACAAAAAGUACUUAACUAUGAAGCAGAUCAAGGCGAAGGGGAGCUGACAAAAAUAAUUAGGAAAAAUUUUGGUUCUCUGUCUACUGUGUUAAUGCUCUACUAUCUCGUGUUUUCUGCCGUAUUCUACUCUGUAACGGUUACAUUUUUCGUUCCACUGCUCGCGCAAGAAAAUUUUCACUUAAGAAUGAUACAUCUACAGAUGCUUUUUCUUGUCAGUGCCAUUUUUUGGAUAGUCCUGAUACUAUCGUGUUAUAUCGCUUCAAAAUACUUUGAUGCAAGAUUUCUUAUGGCUUUCUCUCUACUAACUCAACUCGCUCCUAUGUGUUUACUUACUUUCAUUGGUUUUCACUGGGACUCUGGAAUGAACACAUCGGGCGGUUACAUUCUCAUUCCUUACAUUUGCUUAGGUGCGCCAUACUUCGCUUUUGCUCUUGGAAGCACUCUCUUAUCUAGGAUAACAAACCCAAAAGAAACCUCAUUUUACCAAGGCUUGUUGUUUUCUGCCAGCCAUUUUGGAUUCGUGGCAGGUCGUAUCAUUGCCCCAUUUAUGUUUCACAAAAACCUUAUUCUAUUAUAUUGUGGGCUAUUGUUUCUAACGUGGAUAACUGGAGCGAUUUGGUUUGCGUUUGAAUAUAAAAAUUUAUACUCGAAAACUGUGAUGGGAAAGUCGAUGAGAAGAUAUAUUGGUUGAAGUCAAAACUAGAUUGGUUAAUCACUAUCAAUAAUUUUUUAGCUUAUUCUUCAAUACAACUAAUGUUUACAUAUAGCUAAUCACACUUCAAAAGCAAUUUGUUUUGUAAAAUUUUGAAAAUUGAUGACUGUUAUUGCACUGUUA